AUGUUGAUCGUGGGUCGGAAUGUUGGAGAGAUUGAUAGAUUGAAAAAGGAGUUGAGCAAAUCCUUUGCCAUGAAGGACUUAGGACCGGCGAAACAAAUUCUAGGGAUGAGAAUCUCUAGAGAUCGAAGGAAUGGAAAGAUUUGGUUGUCUCAAGAAAGGUAUAUUGGAAGAGUUCUUGAGCGGUUUAAUAUGAGCAAGGCUAAGGCGGUUAGUACUCCACUUAGAGGACAUUUCAAGUUGAGUGUGAAGCAUUGUCCUACAAGUGACGAAGAGAAAGAAGCAAUGAAGAAUGUGCCUUAUGCAUCAGUUGUUGGAAGCUUGAUGUAUGCCAUGGUUUGCACAAGGCCGGAUAUUGCUCAUGCCGUUGGGAUUGUUAGUCGGUUUCUUUCUAAUCCGGGGAAAGAACAUUGGAGAGCAGUGAAGUGGAUUCUUCGCUACUUGAGAGGUACUUCUAGAGUGUGUCUAUGCUUUGGUAAUGACAAGACCACACUUGAUGGAUAUACCGAUGCUAACAUGGCAAGUGAUGUGGACUCUAGAAAGUCGACUUCUGGAUACAUGAUGAAUUUUGCAGGUGCUGCAGUUUCAUGGAAAUCUAAACUGCAAAAAUAUGUUGCAUCAUCAACAACAGAAGCCGAAUACAUAGCCGUGACAGAAGCUUGCAAAGAGAUGUUAUGGUUGAAGAAGUUUCUUCAAGAGUUGGGCAUUAAGCAAGAGAGGUAUGUCCUCUAUUGUGAUAGUCAAAGUGCAAUUCAUCUUUGCAAGAAUCCAACUUUCCACUCAAGGUCGAAACACAGGGGGGAGAAGUUGUUGGAGCUCAAUAAAGUGCAUACAGAUGACAAUGGUUCGGACAUGAUGACUAAGUCUCUACCAAGUGGAAAACAUAUCCCCUGUCGAGAUGAAGCAGGUUUGGUGCUACCCCCCAUAUGA